AUGAGGCAGAAGCGCGGCUCCGAGGCGCGUGGUCACAUGAUCACGCGUGCAUUAGCACAUGGAAAUGAUCUCGAUGACGGUGCAGUCUCUGGCCCCUUCCAUCAUGGAGAGACCGGAGACUCCCCUGUCGUCGCUUCAUCCCCGCCACUGAAUCAUCCACCCCUGAGCGACGAUGGCUCUGCCCCGCCAUCUCCCGCCCAACGAGUGAUUGAGCAUGAAAAUGCUGGCUCUCCACAGAGACGCGACCCUGGAUUUCGAAUUGUGAAAUCCUCGAGCCACUCCCAGGUUCCCUUGGAGUCGCUGCCCAACGGUAUGUGCCGUCUAAAUUCGCUCUCGAGUCGCUCUAACAAUACCCCACUCUAG